AUGUCUCUGUGCCAGAACAGACUCCAGGAAGAGCGAAAGCAGUGGCGAAAGGACCACCCCUUUGGCUUCUUCGCCAAACCUCAACGUAAUGCGCAAGGCACUCUAGACCUUAAGGUGUGGGAAUGUGGCAUUCCAGGGAAGGAGAAAACGAUCUGGGAGGGCGGCCUGUUCAAGCUUACCAUCACAUUCCCCGAGGAAUACCCCACGAAGCCUCCCAAGUGUAAAUUCGUGCCUCCCCUGUUUCACCCGAACGUAUACCCUUCCGGCACCGUUUGCCUGUCGAUUCUCAACGAGGAGGAGGCCUGGAAGCCCGCCAUUACGGUGAAGCAAAUCUUGCUUGGAAUUCAAAACUUGCUGGAUGACCCCAAUCCGGAAUCGCCAGCCCAGGCCGAGGCUUACAGUCUCUUCAAGAAGGAUAAGGCGGAGUACGAGAAGAGAAUUAAGCGCGUUGUGCGAGAGAACCCGGCGCCCUAG